CGGUCGUCAUCGUGGGCAUCCUUACUUAUCCAUUGUCGUCGUGGUAUUCGGUAUGUAUGCAUCUCGCUCUCUCUCUGUCUCCGUCUCCCUCCUCUCCCAUCCUCUCUUCCUUCUCCCUCUUCCCUACCACUCCCUCUCUCCCUCCAUCUCUCUCUCUUCAGUCGUCGUAGUGCAGAGGAAUCCCAUCCCUUCAAAACACCACCCCCCCCCCGGUCAUUCUAGCAUCAACUUGCUCCGUAGCAAAGCCUCCGUGCUCAAAGACAAGACAAGACAAGACGCCCUACUUCCGCCGCUCCCCUGCUCCUUUCCUUGUUCCUUGCUCCCUGCUCAACCUCCACCCGCCAAACCACCCUUGACCCUGGCUGUUUCUCCCACCACAACUCUGCUGGAGGAGGCUGUCGCAGUAGUUUACUACUACUUACUGUACAGACACCGUAUACGGUUACUAACAGCUCUGAUUACUCCUCCGCGCACUGCCUAGUAGUUACAGCACGCUCUCUCGUGGGCAGGCCGGGCAGGCCGGGUCCGUGGUCUGGUUAUUCCUGGACUCCCUUGGCUCUUGGGCCUUGACGGUUGCUCCUCGUCACGCUCUGUCCUGCGCUGCGUCUUGUCUGUG